ACGUUCGACAGCCGGCUGCUAGCCAUUGCGAACCGUGUUCGCCACUCGAUCGCUCUUCAACAGAAUCACUUUCAAUUUACCUUGAGUCAUUACACCGAGUACUCAUGUGAAUAACAAUCAACGCGCAAGUCAUCGAGGUUUUGAUAAAAGAAAUCGAAAGUUUGUAAUAGAGAAGUGGAACCGAUGUCCGAACAGAACCGGAAAAAGUAUCGUGGAAGAUCGAGCGGUAGUUUAGUGGCAAGUUCGAGGCUAAAACCGUGAGAAGGUUGACGGUCAGCAAGCUGGAGUCAAGCGAGUCGAAGCUGAACAAACUGGGAACUGAGAGUGGCUAUUCGCCUGGAUGAAGAAGACAAAUGACUGGGUGAUAGGAAAUUAGUUCCAGUGAACGCUAGGAUAAACAGGUAGCUCGAAACCGGGUGAAAAAGAGAUUUUCAAAGCGCAGAGAGAUUGGACGUCUCUGUAUCGGAUUCGCUUACGGCAGCCUUUUAACUGUCACCUGAUCUCUCGUGGCCGAACGAAAUUCGACAGAAACGAUAAAAGAUGGCCCUCUUCCAGUACUUUGGGAUCUUUGUACUUUUAAUUGUUUAUCAAGUACAAGCUAAAGUACCAGAACUUAAGGUUUCUACGCAGGAUAUUAAAGUCCAUUUAAAUUGUAAGGAGUCAUUUGAAUUGUACCUGACGCAAAACCUAACUGAAAAUGUAUUGGUAAAAAUAGAAGUACAGCAUCCAGAUUUGGUUGCUACUGAACCUGCUAAUUUUAGUAUUAAUGCAAGUGACAGUAUUUACAAAUGGAACAUAAUUAUAAAAGGCCUAGGUGCAGGACAUUCAGUUGUAGCUGUUAAUGUUACACCUAGUAAUGUUACAGAUUUUUCAGAUGCAUUUGUCAGAGUCACAGUGGAAAGAUCUGACAUUAUAUACCAUGUUAGUGCCGUGGUAGGAUGGGUAUAUUUUUUAGCAUGGAGUGUCAGUUUUUAUCCGCAAAUUUACAGUAAUUAUAAACGUAAAAGCGUCGUAGGAUUAAACUUCGAUUAUUUAUCAUUAAAUCUGAUCGGUUUUAUUAUGUACUCAUUAUUUAAUUGUGGCUUGUAUUGGAUACCCGAAGUGGAGCUUGAAUACUUUAGACGGUAUCCUAAGGGAUUAAAUCCUGUACAAGUGAAUGAUAUUUUCUUUUCCUUACAUGCAGUAUUUGCUACUGUGAUAACUAUUAUUCAAUGCUUUAUUUAUGAGAUAGGAAAUCAGAAAGUAUCUAUUACAGCACGUAUUAUUCACGUAAUAUUCGCCGUCUUUAUAUUAAUUUCUACGAUCCUAGCAGCAGUACAAACGAUCACGUGGCUUGACUUCUUGUAUUAUUGUAGUUACGUUAAAUUAUGUAUAACGUUAAUUAAAUACGUUCCACAAGCAUUUUAUAACUAUAAGAGAAAAUCUACCGUCGGUUGGAGCAUUGGCAAUAUAUUCUUAGAUUUUACUGGCGGUAUCUUAUCGAUGCUACAGAUGAUACUAAAUGCAUACAAUUAUGACGAUUGGGAAAGUAUCUUUGGCGAUCCAACGAAAUUUGGUCUUGGAUUCUUUUCAGUUGCAUUUGAUAUAUUUUUCAUUCUACAACAUUACGUUUUUUAUAGAGAUAGCCAAAAUGCAAGAAGUAAUGAAAUACUUCAUAUGCAAGAAAAUUCAGAUGAUGAAGAAACAAGGACCUGUUGCGGUUUUAUAAAAUAAAAAUGGGUUUACAUUGAAAAAUAUUUUACAAAAUUUCGUUCCAAUGUGAAUGAAGCUUCAGUAUUUUAUACUUAAAAUCAUUUCAGUGAAUAUUCGUUAUUUUAUUAAACUUCUUAUGUAAAAUUUACAUAGUAUUCAAAAUUUAAAAAUGCAUUAGAUGCAAAUAUUAUCUGUUCCACAUUUUAAGAGUGUAAAAGAAUCUCAGUUGGUUGUUAACUGCAGGUAAAUAAAAAGAAAGAAACGUGUGAAAAAUGAUAGACUAUAUUGUUAAUAAAGUAUUAAAUGAAAACCAUAAUGGAUUUGAAGUGCACAACAGUGAAAAUGAUCAUUUCAUCAUAUGAAUUUAUGUUGAAGCGGUAAUAAAAAUUGUUUGCAUGGUUUUGUGUACUUUGAUCUAUCAAAACAUAAACAUUUCAUAGUUUUUGUUAUACAGUAAUUUAAUGAAAAAUGUUUGAAGCCAGUUAACAAAUUGGUUUCAAUUAAUACACAAAGUGUUGUUAGUGUUGCGUCAUGCAUGCAGCAUGUUAUUGAAGUAUUUGUAUAACAUGGGAAAAUCUAUUCAUAAUUAAGAUUUUCUAUUGUUUGCCAUAGUUAUAAUAAUUUAUACUAUUGUAUUCGUUUGUACAUCAAACAAAAAUAUGUUACGGUUGAUAAAUUUAUGUUUAAUCAACAUAGCAAAUUUUUUAUACAUUCUAUGCUACCUCUGAUUGAAUUCCUAUGAAGCAAUAAAAUUUUAGAUUUUAA